AUGGGAAAUGUUCCACUUUCUCCGGCAGCAGUUAAAGCCUUGGCAGAAGCAGAAAUUACUAAUCCGGAUUAUUUUAUAAAAUGUCUUCAUUGUCAAAAAGCUUAUCCCGGUCUUCAAGCUCUCAGGGAUCACAUCGAAGCAGAUCAUCUUGGUAAUUUGUCACCGAACGAAGCUCUUUCCCCCGUUCAAGGGUCUUAUUCUCCAGCUCCAGUUCCAGUGCAAGGAGGUCUACAUGCUUGUUCUCAGUGCAGCGUGUCAUUUUCAACAAAAGACCAACUUGAAAAACACGAAUUGCUUCAUUCGCCGAAUGCACAAGUGUCUUGUAAAGUGUGCAACAAACAAUUUGCUAACGUUUACCGUCUUCAAAGACACAUGAUCUCACACGAUGAAUCGGCCGUUUUAAGAAAAUUCAAGUGCCCGGAAUGCGAAAAAGCUUUCAAAUUCAAACAUCACUUGAAGGAACACAUCCGUAUACAUAGUGGUGAAAAGCCCUUUGAAUGCGCAAAUUGCGGAAAAAGAUUUUCCCAUUCUGGAUCUUAUUCAAGUCACAUGACUUCUAAAAAAUGCUUAGUGAUAAAUCUAAAAGUUAAUAGAGGAAGAGGUGGUGUUGGUAUGGACAAAAGUCAAAUUAACAGAAACAUUGGUGGAGGAAUUAUGCCUAAAUACGGUGAUGCGACGGCAGCAUUUUUCUCCGCAGCAGCUCCGCGUUCCGCUUUCCCAUCGCCCUCGCCAUCGGGCUUGCAUCCUUUUUACAUGGCAACAGCUCCGACGAUGCAUUUAAAUAAUGCUGCCAUGAGAGCAUACGGUAUACCCGCUCUAAGUCAUUUUCUCGAACAGUUUGCAACACCGUCCAAUAUAUUGACGAGUCCUAAAAAAGAAGCGGACGAUAUUAAAGAAGAAAAACAAGAAGAAGAUUCGAAGGAUGAAAUUAAAAAAGAAAUAGAUUUAAACGAAGAGGAAAAAGAAAUGAAAGAACCUCUUUCACCGGUACCGAGCAAUUGCGGAGGAGAUUUAGAAGCCGUGAAAAGAAUUCUCGAAACCGUCAAUGCCACCGUCACAAAACAAUUUUUACAUGCCAAUAUGCAAAAAUUUACAUCUUCUCCGUCUGGCAGCAGUUGCGCGAGUGCACCCUCUCCUACCUCAGAAGAAAAACCUAAACAAGAGGUAGAAGAUUUUGAAUGCAGGCAUUGCGGGAAAAUAUUUCAAAACAAGGUGGAUUAUCACCAGCACGAAAGAUAUUUGUGUGAGAGCAUUCAAAAAAGUGAAGGAUUAGCGGCAAAGUUAGAGGACGUCGCCAGUGGUAAAGGAGAUGAAAACGUUUGCAGUGGAAGCGAAGACGAAGAUGUUAAAGAAUGCGAAGAAGAAAUAGAACGAAACGAAGAUGGAGGAAUCACAAUUACGACUACGACUCAAGAAGGUGGAGUCGAUGGCAGAAAAGUUAGAGUUCGAUCAUUGAUAGCCGAUGAACAGUUGGCAAUAUUGAAACAUCACUAUUUAAUUAAUCCGAGACCCAAAAGAGAAGAAUUAUCGAAAAUAGCUGACAAAAUCGGAUUUCCGGUUCGAGUGGUGCAAGUUUGGUUUCAAAACACUAGAGCAAGAGAUCGCAGAGAGGGAAGAUUAGUCCAAGUUCCUUAUUUACCUAUACCACCCUUAUUUCCCAACAACGUGCCUUUAUUGCCAACGAAUCUCACCGAACAACCUUUAGAUUUAUCUGUUAAAAAAUUACUCAACUCAUCUCCAGAAUCUUCACCUCACAGGGAAACCAAAGAAUACGAUGCCCUUAAUUUGUCACGAAAAUCAACUAGUCCUAAUCCUAACCACUAUCCAGAUGGAUUAGCUUUAAGAGCAAUGCCCGGUUUUCCUCACUAUCAACAUUCCUCUUGCUCGUCAUCUUUGGUUGACUAUAGACGAACUCCGUCUCCGCUCGCUUACCUGAAUUUACAUCAAGAAGAUUUGAAGAACAACAGUUCUAAGCUAGCAAAAAUUUUAACAAAGCCACCCUUGCACAGUCAACGAUUGGAUUCGAAUGGAGUGAGUUUGGUACCCAUGGAAAGGCUGGUGUUCAAUCCAGAACUUCAGAAUUCGGCAUCUCCUCUUCCUGCCAUGGCGCUUUCACUUUUCAAACAGGAAAACGGACGCGCUUGCAGCUCUAGUCCAGGUUCCGACAAGCGUUCUUGGGCACAAGGCGAACUAACAGACGAAACGGAAGAUUCUAGAACCAACGAAGGUCAAGAGGCCAACGAUGAUUACGUAAUACGUUCGAAAAAGCAAAAAUUUCAACAGGAUUCCCAAUCAGAUCUCGAAGCGGAAGGACAAUUCAUUUGCGACCAGUGCGAGAAAACAUUUUCAAAACAAAGUUCAUUGGCUCGACAUAAAUACGAACAUUCUGGACAGCGUCCACACAAAUGCGAAGUCUGCGAAAAAGCAUUCAAACACAAACAUCACCUCACCGAACACAAGAGACUACACAGCGGUGAAAAACCUUUCCAAUGCGGAAAAUGCUUGAAACGAUUUUCACAUUCUGGAUCCUACAGUCAACACAUGAACCAUCGUUACUCCUACUGCAAACCCUACAGAGAUUAG